CACGACGCAAUCACGCAGUCCGUAGUCACAUGAGUCGUUUCCCAGCAGCAGAGAUCUUCAUGUAGCUAACUAACACUUUCUGUCGCUUUGCAGUGAAAAAUCUCGCUAUUAGAAACUGAAACUUGCUCUGUAAUCUGCAGGAAGUUUAAGAAACCGACAUGGACGAGGACGGGCUGCCUAUAGUUGGGUCUGGUGUAGAUCUGACCAAGGUUCCUGCUAUUCAACAGAGGAGAGUCGUUGCCUAUCUCAAUCAGUUUGUUGUGCACACGGUCCGGUUCCUGAACCGUUUUUCCACAGUUUGUGAAGAGAAACUUGCAAACAUAUCUCUUCGCAUACAGCAGAUUGAAACAACCCUGUGCAUUUUGGAAGCAAAGCUGUCCUCCAUUCCCGGGCUAGAGGACGUCACAAUAGAUGGAAUCAGUCAGCGGCAACCUGCUCAGGCCAAUGGACCCACUACCGCCAGUCAGAGUCAAACGGAUGGUCCACCAGCAGGGACCCUGCCUCCACCAGAGCCCGCUCAGACUGCACCAGAACCUGCAACGACACCAAAAGCAGAAGCAGAGAAUGUCAUGACAGUGGCCAAGGACCCAAGUUACGCCCGAUACCUGAAAAUGGUUCAAGUUGGAGUUCCAGUUAUGGCUAUAAAGAAUAAAAUGGUCCUGGAGGGUUUGGAUCCUAACUUGCUUGACACACCUGAUGCCCCCCUGCCUGACGGAGGUACGAGAAGCGCCGAGGAUCAAGACGUCGCCGCCAACAGCUCUGACAGCGAGUCAUCUUUCAGCGACUGACGUCUGUUCCCGUGACCCACAAAGCUUCCUGUAAAUGCCACCCAUAUCGCUACUCUGAGAAAGAGAAGUAGGUCGCAGGGCGCCUGUAAAGGAGUACCAGUGAGAAAGGUGCAAAUGUAAGUGCCUGAAACAGGAAACUCCAACCACAGGGAUUGUAUUUUCAGUGUAAAAGCGCUGAAAUUGUUUCGCUUACGGUCGGUCACUGACCUCAUUUUUGAUACAUUUACAUGGAUUAUGUUAGUCAUCAGAACGUGGUAGUAGCAAGUCAUUUUUGUACAAAAAGUGAUUAUAUACUGUAAAAGUUAUUGGUUUUCUUUUUGGUUGUCACACUACAAUCACAGUCUAAUGCCUUUUAAGAGGAACACUCAUCAGUUGAAAGUUAUUAAAAAUGUAUGUUAGAUACUUUGAAUGUUUAACACAUACAUUAUAAUUCUGUGUGUUGAGGACAGAGAGGAAAAUAUCACAAUCGAUAUAUAAUUGAUAUACUGUCAUAAUACCAGUUAACUGGGGAGGAUAAUCACAUAUCGGUGAGCAUGUGGUUUUCCUUCUUAAAAAAUCAGCCGUCAUGCUGGAGGAUUUCGCAAAAAUUAUUACAGGAACAGUUUGACUUGUUGAACUUUAACAGUAAGCUUAAUACCACUUUGUUUAUUUCGGAGCAGCAAAAAACUGCGUUGACAUAUGAAUAAUAUCCAAACAGGAGUUCUAAAUUGGUGUCUUAUGAUAUAAUAUAAUAAACAAGUUGCAGUUGAGGAGCAUCAUCCUUGUUUUACCUUGUUAACCACUUCUUAUCUUAUCUUUUUUUCGCGGUGAUAGUUACAGAUGGCCGUGGUUGGAGGAACAAAAACUGCUUUGUAUUGUUAAUUUUAGACUAAAUUCCAGUGACUUCGGAAAGUAUUCAGACCUCUUUGCUUUAUGCACACUUUAUUUGUAUCAUAUAUUUUAAAUGGAUUAAAAAAAAAUUUUUGUUGCCAUUAAUUUCCAAACAAUAAUCUUGAAGCAAAAACACAUUAGAAGUUUUUUGCAAAUUUAUUAUAAAUCAAAAAUUGAUGUGAAUACUUUCCAAAGCUGCUGCAUGUGUCAGAAAAAACUCCCUUAUGUCACCAAUAAAUGAUGAAUAGUAAUAUAUUGUCUGGCUCUGCUUUAGGUACUUGCAUAGCUAAUAUUGGCAAUGCAAGUACCUAAUAAUAUUGUAAUUUCCAUUAACAUUUCUCUUAAUCUUUAAUUGCGUUUGUAGAGUUUAAAUAUUAUAUUAUAUUAGAAUAUCAGUGUAUUAUGCACAGUGUAUUAUGCACACUAACCUCAGCUGGAAUGAAGAGUGAAUAAACUUGCACUAAGAGGUAAAUCAGUGAUAAACACCACUUGUCAGAACAAUGUAAACUGCAGGUUUUUGUGUUAAAUGUCAGUUGUAUCAACUUAUCAUCACAUUGAUCAGGACUUGUGACUACAUGCCCGAAAAUGUAAAAAAAGAAAGUCAAGAACGCUUUCGCACAAAAGAAAUAUUCAUGAGAUUUCUAUGAAUGGAUAUUAUACUAUGAUGUCUGUGAAAUAAUUGAGAGUGGAGAAGAAGCCUGGAAAGCACUUUGUGUACAAAAGCAAGAAUAAACUCAAACAGUUUGCUUAAAAA